AUGAGCCAGCAUGGUAGGAAUAAUAGCCAGCAGGCCCAUGGGAAGAAUAGACCUCUUAUGUUCAAAGAUCCAGGUUGUCCCACUAUUUCAUGUAUGAUUGGUAAUUCAAAAAUAGAGAAAGUUUUGCUUGAUCUUGGGGCAAGUGUGAAUCUUUUGCCAUAUUCAGUGUAUGAGCAAUUAGAUCUUGGCGAGUUAAAACCCACUUUCAUAAUUUUACAACUUGCUGAUCGAUCUGUGAUUGUUCCAAAGGGUGUUGUUGAGGAUGUUUUGGUUCAAGUGGAAAAAUUUUAUUUUCCUGUUGACUUUAUUAUUUUGGACAUGCAUCUUGUUUCUAAUGCUAAUUCUCAAAUGUCUAUGAUUUUAGGACGCCCAUUUCUUGCAACUUCUAAUGCAUUGAUAAAUUAUAGAAGUGGAGUCUUAAAAUUAUCUUUUGGGAAUAUGACCCUUAAGCUUAAUAUUUUUAAUACUUGUAAGCAACCUAGGGAUGAAGAGGAUGUGCAUGAAGUUGACUUAAUUGAAACACUUGUUCAAGAACAAUUCAACAAAACAUGUUUUUCAAAUCCAUUAGAAGCUUGUCUAGUCAAUUCAUGUCAUUUUAAUUUUGAUGAGAAUUCCAAAAUUGCCUACAUUUACUGUCUUUUGGAAUCUACACAGGAAUUGGAAGCGAGCCAUUUUAAAUUGAAAUAUGAGGAGUUGCCACCUCGUGAGAUAAAGUUGUUGCCAUUUAGUGAGCAAGUACCAAAAUUGGAGUUGAAGCCCUUGCAUGUUGAGCUCAAGUAUGCUUUUCUAGGAACCGAUGAGACUUUUCUUAUGGUAAUAUCUUCUAAACUUGACCCUUUGCAAGAAGGUACGUUAUUAAAUGUUUUGAGAAAACAUAAGAGUGCCAUAUGA